ACAUUCAUUACACCCCGUGAGUCGGCGAGAGAAGUGGAGAGCGGCGGUUAUUUUAUCGCGUCCACCUCAGUUUAGUUUGGUGGACUUUUCCCACUUACUUCCCACCCAAAAAUAAAGUUUGGGUGUAUUGCGGUCAUUACGUGCCUUAUAUUUCCCCUUUUUUUUUGAGAAAUCGAUAUUUGGUUCGUAAAUUGUUUUCAUUUUUGUUUUGUUUUCAACUGAUUCUCCCGGUAUUUUUAAACGCCAUCUUGCGGCGUCAACUUCAAGCGGAUUCAUUUUGGGGUUGCAGCUGUCACUUUUUGGGGAAAAAAUUUAACUGUCAGAAAUUGUGUGUGUGUUUUGUUUGCCUGCUGGUAUAAUUUUUUGGUGGAGAACGUCAAGACAUUGGCGUUCAUUUAUUGCAUUUAAUUCGAUUUGGUGUGACUUACACUAAUUUGUAGAGAAAUAUGGCACUCCUAGAGUUUUUCGGCUGUGCGUUUCUCGCAUUUGGCCCGCCGCUAGCCAUGUUCCUUCUAACGAUUGCUAAGGACCCUAUUCGAAUCAUCAUUCUCAUAGCCAGUGCAUUCUUCUGGCUUCUGUCGCUGUUGACAUCCUCGCUGUUAUGGUUAGUGGCAGUCACGCUGCACAGUCCAAUUGUUGUGGGUGUUAUCUUCUCUGUUCUGUUUCAAGAACUCUUCCGGUAUCUAAUAUACUUGCUGUUGCGCAAAGCUGAGGUCGGUUUGAAGAAACUCACAGAAUCCGAUACUGCCAUCAUAACCAACAAAAACAUCUUAGCCUAUGUUUCAGGUUUAGGCUUUGGCAUCAUCAGCGGAACUUUCGCCCUAGUCAAUGUUCUAGCUGAUGCCACUGGCCCUGGAACAGUUGGUCUGCAUGGUGAUUCCAACCUGUUUUUCCUCACUUCAACCCUCCUAACGCUGUGCUUCAUCCUCCUACACACAGCAUGGGGAGUGUUGUUCUUCCACGCAUUAGACAAGAAAAAGUACUUGGCGUUGGUGUGGGUGGUGAUGUCUCAUCUACUCGUUUCACUCCUGACUCUGAUGAACUCGUCGCAGUUAUACUUGGCCACAAUCCUGCCCGCCUACGCAGUCCUGGUUGUCACAGGUCUGUGGGCUGCAGGAGCGGCGGGCGCCUCUUUCACUUCGCUCAAAAAGUGUUUAACUAGUCCGCCAACGACGGUCCAGGUACGCAUCGAGGACUAAAU